GCUUGGGCUUCUGGGACUGCACCCACGGCUGCACCAACUGCGACUGACCAUGACCCAGCAUCCUCCUCAUCGCCACCAACCUUCAUCUCCUUUAAUCAUCCCUCCAUUCUCAUCACCAUCCCAUCGCCUUUUCCAAUUGCGCGACUGUGAAUACAUUUCCACUGCUCGGCUGAACAAUAAUGUCGCCAGCCCCUUGAAUGAUUCCGAAUCCGGUGACACGACCUGACUGUACCAGCCGAACGCCCUGAGAAAGCCCAAACGGAGUGGAUCGACCCUCCUCUCAUCCACCCCAAUUCGUCUGCACCGCGAUCAUCGUCGUUGGCGAAAAAGCUCCCUCCCACCUGCUUGCAACGCCGUGCCACGAUCUGGUGAUGGAGACUGGGCAAAGGCAAUAGAUAAAACACUUUGAUAGCGACUCUGUGCCAGUAGGACCACAACACCCACGGUAGACCAAACGCAAACAACCACGACCUUCGAGUGGUCAAUGAGGGAAAAAGAAUUCACAAUGUCUGGAUCGACACCUUACGCGGUUCGUUCGCCGACUCAGUCGAACCAAUAUCCACCACCUUAUUCACCAACUCACCCGAACCGUCCAUUUUUUGGCCAUGAACCCUUCCAGAUACCCCCUCAACACCUCAUCCAAACUCCGCCUCCAUUUCCUCCUGCGUCUCUGGUACACAGUCCGCAUCACGCUCGGCCCACGUUGGCAUCACCCUUGCCCUCAGCAAGCGCUCUACCACCGCCGCCGCCACCUCCUCCUCUUCCUCCCUCGAUAGGCCCAGGACCGCAGUAUCAACCUCUGACAUCAAGUCCGCCGUUUGCGCUUCAGCGAACGUACUCUGGACAUCUGGUCCACCCAAAUAUGCCGUCGCCAUACGACGUCAAUCCAUCGCACGCGCAUCCACCGGGCCCUCCAAGUUCGGCGCUGCAGUCACCGAUGAGGGACCACCAUAGUCUCACUAACGGAAGACAUGGAGACAUGUCUUCGUCAGAGUCGCGGCCGCAAUCGAAAGACAAACCGGACAGAGCAAGGGAUCCAAUGUCUUUUGCAAGCAUUCUUGGUCCUUCAAACAACGAACCCUCUCCCAAAAUGAUUGAAGCAAAACUGCCUCCUGCACGACCUGCAACACCGCCGCCGCCGCCAAAGGCUAUUGUUGAAAGCAAGGUUGUGUCUGAAAAGCCUCCUGUGACAAAAAUGGCGGAGAUCAAUACGAGCCAACCUUUCGCGAAUGGCCACACCAGAACACAAUCAAAGGCAGAUGCAGUACAUGCUCCUAAGAAGUAUCUUGCGCCACCACAACCACGGAAGAUACUCACAGAAAGGGAGGCUGAUAAGAUACUAAAGGCUCUUGCCAUUAUUGACGAGACGAGUUUCAGUGACGCCGAAGAUGCAUCAUGGUCCGAACACAAGGAACGGUACAAGCAAAGAACUAGGAAGAGAGCUGCAGAUGUGUACGAGGGUGAACUGCACAAGCGCAAGCGCCGCCGCGGCUAUCUUCUGGAGUCUUUCAUCCGAUCUAUGGACAAGCAGGCCCUCAUUGCAUCCCAACGCUUCCGUGAACGCUUCGAACCUGUCGCUGCCAAAGAAAUUGCAGACAAAGAUCACCAGAGUGAAAAGGAACGAAAGAAAGACAUGCAGCGGAAGCGGCGCCGUGAGCAACAGAUUCGUAAUGAGAAGGAGAGGCUGGAAGAGCUCGAACAGCGUGCGAGAGAUGCUGAGGAUCAAGAAGAGGCACAGAAGUAUCUGAGGCAAGCAGAGAAAUCCCAGGCCCGCAUAAAACAGACCACAGAACUGCUCGAGGGUGUUCCUCCUCAAGAAGACAUGGAAGUACCGGCACCGGCACCCAACUACGAAGGCGGUGUUACAUCGUCAUUUCAGCUGGCCACGCCCGAACCCGGCGAGCCUCCUAAGAAGCGCAGCAAGAAAGAUCCCAGUGCGCCCUCAGCUCGUCUAAAGAAGUCCAAAGAAAAGAAGCAAGCUGAGAAAGAUGCCGCGGAGGCCGCUUAUGCGGCAAUGGAAAAAGAUGCCUUGAUCCAGAUUGCACCCAAGGAGGAAGCAACCCCGGCACCAUCUGGCAAGUCCAAAAAGUCCAAAGUUCAAGAACCCCCCGUCAGUCCUCCUCCACAGACGGUCAACUAUGAGUCGAAAGGUUACAUCCAAAUCUACGAGCAAAUCUGGAGAGAUCUGGCCAGAAAAGACAUACCGAAAGUAUAUCGGAUCAAGCAAGUAUCUCUGGCUACUAGGACCGAAAAUCUCCGCAAAACUGCGAUCCUCGCAAGCAAACAAGCGCGGAAAUGGCAGGAACGCACCAACAAGAGCAUGAAGGAUACACAAGCACGAGCGAAACGUGUCAUGCGGGAGAUGAUGUCCUUCUGGAAACGGAAUGAGCGAGAAGAGCGAGAUCUACGUCGUCUGGCAGAGAGGAAGGAGAUCGAGGACGCAAAGAAGGCUGAAGCCGAUCGUGAGGCCAACAGACAGAAGCGAAAACUCAACUUCCUCAUCUCGCAGACCGAGAUUUACUCACACUUCAUCGGAAGAAAGAUCAAGACAGAUGAAGUGGAGAGAGCCACAGACGAUGCCGAAGUCGCUGGUUCCGGGGAAAAGAGCAGGCCCGCUGGUGUUCAGGAUCGAAGCAUGGACGACUUGGGCCUGUCCGAGGAACAUGGAAAUCACAAGGUCACAAACUUUGAAGACCUGGAUUUCGACGCCGAGGACGAGUCAGAGCUGAGGAGAGCGGCAGCGGCCAACGCGGCAAGCGCAUUGCAAGAUGCGCAGGACAAAGCUCGCAAUUUCAACGCACAAGACUCAAUGGAUGCGUUCGACUCUAGCGAGCUCAACUUCCAGAAUCCUACCAUGGCUGGCGAUGUCCAAGUCUCCCAGCCCAAGAUGUUGCAAGCUCAACUCAAGGAGUACCAGCUCAAGGGUCUCAACUGGCUGGUCAAUCUUUACGAGCAAGGUAUCAACGGUAUACUGGCAGAUGAAAUGGGUCUCGGCAAAACCGUUCAAUCCAUUUCGGUCAUGGGCUAUCUUGCCGAGCAGCACAACAUCUGGGGACCGUUCCUGGUCAUCGCUCCGGCCUCAACGCUACACAACUGGCAACAAGAAAUCACCAAAUUUGUUCCAGCGAUCAAGGUUCUCCCAUAUUGGGGCAGUGCAAAGGAUCGAAAGAUUCUGCGAAAGUUCUGGGAUCGGAAGCACAUUACGUACACGAAAGACUCUGAGUUUCACGUUCUCGUGACUUCGUACCAACUUGUUGUUCAGGAUGCGCAAUACUUCCAGAAGAUCCGAUGGCAAUACAUGAUUCUGGACGAGGCACAAGCCAUCAAGUCUUCGAGCAGUUCGAGAUGGAAGACUCUGCUCGCUUUCCAGUGCCGCAACCGACUGCUGCUGACCGGCACGCCGAUUCAGAAUAAUAUGCAGGAGCUGUGGGCUCUACUCCACUUCAUCAUGCCCACGCUGUUUGACUCACACGACGAAUUCAGCGACUGGUUUUCUAAAGAUAUCGAGAGUCACGCACAGAGCAACACCAAGUUGAACCAGGAUCAACUCAAGCGGUUGCAUAUGAUUCUCAAGCCGUUCAUGUUGCGACGUGUCAAGGCGCAUGUGCAGAAGGAACUCGGCGACAAGGUUGAGAAAGAUGUCUUCUGCGAGCUCACCUACCGACAACGAGCAUACUACUCGAAUUUGCGCAGCAAGAUCAGCAUCAUGGACCUUAUCGAGAAAGCUGCGCUGGGCGGCGACGAAGAUACUGCCACAUUGAUGAACUUGGUCAUGCAAUUCCGAAAAGUGUGCAAUCAUCCGGAUUUGUUUGAACGAGCAGACACAACGUCCCCCUUUUCGCUGUCGUAUUACGCCGAGACGGCUUCGUUCGUCCGAGAAGGUUCAUUUGUGCAGGUUGGCUAUUCCGUACGCAAUCAGAUCCAAUAUGAUCUGCCUCGAGUACUCUGCAAUGAUGUCGGGAGAAUAGACGUCGCUGGGCCCAACAAUCCGUACGCCGGCUUUCGACGUGCUGGCUUCAAGACCAAGGGACUGGGGGGUCUGAUGAGAAUCUGGACCCCUGAGCACAUCAAAUCCUCGGCCGAGGAGGAUGGAGCUUUCUCGUUCCUGCGGUUCGUCGACACGUCAACCGGUGAAGCUUCGUUUUAUGGAGAGUCGGGACUCUUCGAGCGUGUCAUGAAGCUCAAGAAACAGCAGGGACGGAGGUUACACAUCUUCCAAGAUUCUGAAGAUGGACCCGACGGACCACCAGCACACGCCAUGUUCAACAUCAUAGAAAACCAGCCUCGACGUGCACUUAUGGAACUGGACCCCAACUCGAACCUCGCAAGACUUUGCAAUAUCUCCAGGGAUACCCUUGCGGAACAUGGGGUUUCGGUGCUGGAGCCAGCGGCCCGACCGAAGGCGUUAGCCCCACCGAUUGAGAUCAGUUGUUUUGAUCAAUCCUCAAUUUCUGAGCGUCAGUUGACCCUCUUCAACACGGAUGUCCGCAGCACGCUGUACCCGCUAGAAGAGUCGCUCGAGGAGACGUUACUUGAGCGUGACGCGGACCCGGCUAAUUUCCCCAUCUCCAACAUGCUGCCCACCCCGGAAUCUGCGAAAGCCAGGUACACCAACAUCUCGGUGCCUUCGAUGCGCCGAUUUGUUACGGAUUCGGGUAAGCUAGCGAAGCUGGAUCAGCUGCUCCGAGAACUGAAGAUGGGUGGCCAUCGUGUACUCCUGUAUUUCCAGAUGACGCGCAUGAUCGACUUGAUGGAAGAAUACCUGACAUACCGCAACUACAAGUACUGUCGGCUGGAUGGAAGUACCAAAUUGGAAGAUCGGCGAGACACGGUGCACGACUUCCAAACCCGACCCGAGAUCUUCAUCUUCCUGCUCUCGACACGUGCUGGUGGUCUCGGUAUCAACUUGACAUCUGCCGACACCGUCAUCUUCUACGACUCGGAUUGGAAUCCCACGAUCGAUUCGCAAGCCAUGGACCGAGCGCACCGACUGGGUCAGACGAAACAGGUUACUGUGUAUCGACUCAUCACUCGCGGCACCAUCGAAGAACGAAUCCGCAAGCGCGCGAUGCAGAAAGAAGAAGUCCAACGUGUCGUCAUCACCGGUGGAGACGGGGCUGGUGUGGACUUCAACACCCGCGAUCGACGUGAGAAUAGGACCAAAGACAUUGCCAUGUGGCUGGCGGACGAUGACCAGGCGGCUCUCAUUGAACAGAAGGAAAAGGAGAUUGCCGAGAAGCCUGAUGAUGAGAACACGAAGAAGAGAAGCAAGAAGGCUGCAGCUGCCGCCGCGGCGCGGAAGCGAAAGGGCGAAAUGAGUUUGGAUGACAUGUAUCACGAAGGCGAAGGACAUUUUGAAGAUGCUUCGGCGAAACCGUCGGGAGCAGCAACGCCAGUAAGCGCCGCAGAGGCGGCUGGACCCAAGCGCGGGCCUCGUGGUGGACGGGGGGUGAGCAAGAAAGCCAAAACGGCCAAACAAAGACUUGCCAUCGUCGACGCCGAAGGGGAUCUAGGGAUGGGUGGGGCAUGAACGACAGGGAAGAUUCUGAAGUUUCACGCAAAACUCAGCGCCGAACAGAAAAUGGGUUGUGGAAGACAGAAGGUAUACAUGGGAUAUUAAUAUGAAACGCCAAGGGGACCCGGCCGACUGGGAUUUUGAAAUAGAAUUGGACAGGGAAGCAGGGUAUUGAGAGUGAAUCUUUUGCGUUGAUGGUGUUCAAUGUACGACUAUGGCAUACUGUUUGCGCGUUUCGAGGGUCUACUUGGUGAUGGGUGAUGAAACCGGGGCUAAGGAAUACACAGGCAUUGAGGCUGAAGAACCUUGCAUGCAUUCAUGGCAGAACUAGGGGGAGAGACACGAGAAUGUUUACCGCGGGUGAGAUUCGUCCUCGUGCUCGUGCUCGUAGAUCGGGGACCUAUUCAGGUAUCAGCAGCACCUUUUCGAGACGGCAGUGUGUUGAGUUGGGCCAGCAAAAGAAUCCACUAUCUUUCCAAAGAAAAAAGGGGGUCCUGACGAUGGUGCGUUGGUUCAGCCAUCAUCCUCUUGUCUCCAUGUCUCGAUUCCCACGCCCUUUGGAUCUUGGAGGUGGAAGAAUGCCGAGAGGAAAGGAGCAUUGGGUCAAGGAGAAGGCAUGAGGCAGCCACAGCAUUAAAGCGGUCGAUCGAGAGGGUGGUAAGACGACAGAGAUAGGGAUUUGGGGGGUGGUCUUGGAUGUAUUAUACUUGUAUGUCGUCGACGCGGGUGUGGUUCGUAGAUAGCAGGCGAAAUGAGGAGGUCAUGGUCUUACGGUGUGGUCGGACAAGGGCGUGUGUCUGCGCCAUGGGCCUUUUAUCGAGGAUGCAAUGUCGUUGCCUUGCCCUCCUGUCGCUGUCUCUGCUGUUGGGUGGUCAUGUCCGUGAUGAGGCUCCACGGGGGGGGUGACGGCGCCGUGAUGAUAGCGGCUGCGAUGGACGAUGGGUGGAUGAAUUGAG